AUGUCCACAACACCAAAAGAAAAUCAUCAUCAGCCUCACCAUGCCACAGUUCAAAGUCAUACGAUUUUGACCCAACUGAAACAGGCUUCGGCGGGAGCAGCCUCAGGAUUUUUUACACGAACCAUUACCCAACCAUUUGAUGUCCUCAAGAUACGAUUCCAAUUACAACUGGAACCCGUGAGUGAGGAUCAUCCCUCCAAAUACCGUUCAUUGGUACAGGCCAGUAAGCUAAUCUACAAAGAAGAAGGUCUCUUGGCCUUUUGGAAGGGUCACAAUGCCGGCCAAAUGCUCACCAUGCUCUAUACGAUAUUCCAAUUCUGGUCCUAUGAACAAAUCGAUUUGAAGCUACGUCAAUACGAAUAUUUGGAUCAAAAUAAAAAUACAAGGCAUUUUAUUAGUGGUGGUGUGGCUGGGUGCGUGGGAACCACAAUCUCAAUGCCAUUUGAUGUGGUCCGCACCCGGGUGGUGGGUCAAGAUCCAAAUCGUAAAAGCAGUGUGAUACACAUUAUUCCAAAUAUUAUCAAAACUGAGGGGUUCUAUGGUCUGUUUCGUGGUCUCGGUACGACACUGAUACAAAUUGGCCCUCUGAUUGGCUUCAAUUUUGCCUUCUAUCACAAGACCAAUGAUCUGUUUAUGAGCAUGGCUGAACCACCCAAUCAUCAUUUGCCGGUGGUGGUGCAUUUGUUUACUGGCGGUGUGGCCGGUGUGGUCUCCAAGGCCAUUGUCUACCCCCUGGACUUCAUUAAGAAACGUCUACAGCUGCAAGGUUUCCAAAAUGCCCGUCGUACCUUUGGCCGCAAUCAAGUGUGUUUCGGUAUUGGUGAAUGUAUACGGCUGACCUAUCGAGAAGAAGGUAUCCUGGGCUUUUACAAAGGCAUGAAUCCCACACUCAUUAAAUCCGGACUCACAACAGCGCUCUAUUUUAGUUUAUAUGAUAUUUUCAAAGCCACCUUUGUACCCGAAUUGGAAUCUGACGACUCAUAG